AUGGAAGGUCUGAAUGCCUCGGAGCAGCGCGAGCUGCAAUCGCGUAUGGAGAAGAAGCAGAUGAAGGAGUUUAUGACAAUGUACUCGAACCUCGUCCAAAAGUGCUUCGACGACUGCAUCAACGACUUCACCACCAAGUCAUUGGGAUCAAGGGAAGAGGGCUGCGUCAUGCGCUGUGUGGACAAGCAGAUGAAGGCUUCGGAGCGGCUGGGCAAUAGGUUUCAAGAGCAGAACGCUGCGAUGGCGCAGUCCGGUACGAUGCCAGGGAGAUAG